GUUGAACUGGCUUCUGAGUGUAUUUGUGGAUAAUUCCUGGAAGGGUCGCAGACACGACAUGGGGUUGUCACAUUCUCUGUGGGUCUGUUUCCUCGUCUUUAAAAGCCGUCUCUGCGUUGCUAGGGCAAAGCAUAAAAUGUUUAAGGAAAGUGACUUGUCUAGAAAAGCACGUGCUACAAACACACCAUCUACGUUCCGAACUGAGCUUCGGUGUUUUGACUGGAGGGCACCUGAGGACGUCAGUACGGUCCCGCAAACACCAGCACCCAGAUUGGCAAGCAGGGGGCAGGAGAAUUUCCCGCCCCCUCUUACUUCUUUAGGUGUCUAUUGGUUGAUUUUACCAUCAGUCGCCCCUAUCCUCCUAUCAUCGCCGCUAUUUGUUCAUACUCUCAUUGGCCCUACCUGCAGUCGCUCUACGUAAGGGGCGUUCCAGAGUCAGCCACUGGAAGUCGCUGGAUUCGGGUUUUAAAAAACGCCGGCGGUGAAGUGGGCGGAGCGAGCGAUUUGAACGCGAGCGGCGCGGACUGCGGCCAAGCACCGGCUCCUGUGAGGCUCGCGGCCCAGCGUUCUCUGGGCUCCCCAGAAGCCAGCCUUUCGCCCCCGGACCCGGCCGCCCGAGCAGGAGCCGUGGGGCCGGGCGCCGGCACCCUCCGCGGCGUGCCAUGGGCCCGCGCCGCCGGAGCCGCAAGCCCGAGGCCCCGAGGAGGCGCAGCCCGAGCCCGACCCCCGGCCCCUCCCGGCGGGGCCCCUCCUUAGGCCCUUCCUCCCGUCAACAUGGUCGGCGGAGACAAGCUUGGCUAAAGGAGAUCCGAAAGCUUCAGAAGAGCACACACCUCUUGAUAAGGAAGUACCCCUUCAGCCGCCUGGCAAGAGAAAUAUGUGUUAAAUUCACUCGUGGUGUGGACUUCAAUUGGCAAGCCCAGGCCCUAUUGGCCCUACAAGAGGCAGCGGAAGCAUUUCUAGUUCAUCUCUUUGAAGAUGCCUAUCUCCUCGCCUUACAUGCCGGCCGAGUUACUCUCUUCCCAAAGGAUGUGCAACUGGCCCGGAGGAUCCGGGGCAUUGAGGCGGGACUCGGCUGAGCUCCUGCGCCCAGUGUUUCUGUCAGUCUUUCCUGCUCAGCCAGGGGGGAUGAUACCAGGGACUCUCUGGAGCCAUGAUUAGAUCCAGUGGACUCUGCGAUGCUGUCUGGACUUUGCUGUCUCUGAACAGUAUGUGCAUGUUGCUUUAAACUUUUUUUUUUUUUUUUUUUUGAGAAGAAGACUGCAUGACUUUCCUCUGUAACAGAGGUAAUAUAUGAGACAAUCAACACCAUUCCAAAGGCCUGAAAAUAAUUUUCAGAUAAAGAGACUCCAAGGUUGACUUUAGUUUGUGAGUUACUCAUGUGACUAUUUGAGGAUUUUGAAAACAUCAGAUUUGCUGUGGUAUGGGAAAAAGGAUAUGUACUUAUUAUUUUAGAUCUUUCUGUAGUAUUUACAUUUUUUACUAUGUGUACAUUUGUACUUCUAUUUGACACAUAAGGAAAAAAAUAAGAGGAGAACACUUUGAGCAGUUGCCUGGAAGGCUGGGUAUUUCCAGCAUAUAGACCUCUGCCCUUCAGAGUAGUCUCACCAUUAGUGGCAGCAUCAAGUAACUGAGUGGACUGUGCUUGUCCACACAUGUGUAGCUUUUCAGAAACUUAAUUGGGGAUGAAUAGAAAAUCUGUAAGCUUUGAUGUUCUGGUUCCUUCUAGUAAAUUCCUGUCAAAAUCAAUUCAGAAAUUCUAACUUGUAGAAUUUAACAUUUUACUCUUGUAAAUCAUAGAAGAUGUAUCUUAUCAGUUCAGGAUUUUAAAGUACCAUUUCGAUGCUUUUACAGGUAUUUUCGUAGUGUCUUUGUAGAGAGAUAAUAAAAAUCAAAAUAAUUAUUUAAUGAAAAUGGA